CGGGGGACCAGCCGGGGACCAUCCGGGGGUCCACCCGGGGGACGAUCGUCGUCCCGGGCCCCGGCCCCCUGCUCCCCCCGGGCCAUGGAGCUGCUGUGCCCCGAGGGUGGGCGGCGGUGGCCGCCCCGGGCCGGGCCGGACCCCCGCCUGCUGGAGGACCGGCGCGUUUUGCAGAGCCUGCUGCGCCUGGAGGAGCGCUACGCGCCCCGCGCCUCCUACUUCCAGUGCGUGCAGCGGGACCUGCAGCCGCACAUGCGGAAGAUGCUGGCCUACUGGAUGCUCGAGGUGUGCGAGGAGCAGCGGUGCGAGGAGGAGGUCUUCCCCCUGGCCAUGAACUACCUGGACCGCUACCUGUCCUGCGUCCCCACCUGCAAGAGCCACUUGCAGCUGCUGGGCGCCGUCUGCAUGCUGCUCGCCUCCAAGCUGCGGGAGACCACGCCGCUGACCGUGGAGAAGCUCUGCAUCUACACCGACCACUCCAUCACACCCCACCAGCUCCGGGACUGGGAGGUGCUGGUCCUGGGGAAGCUCAAGUGGGACCUGGCAGCAGUGAUUGCCCACGACUUCCUGGCCCUGAUCCUGCACUGGUUGCCCCUGCCCGCCGACCGGACUGCCCUGGUAAAGAAGCACGCCCAGACCUUCCUGGCCCUGUGUGCCACAGAUUACACCUUCGCCAUGUACCCGCCCUCCAUGAUCGCCACCGGCAGCAUAGGGGCCGCCGUGCACGGGCUGUCGGCCUCCCUCACGUCGGAGGACAAGCUGAUGGAGCUGUUGGCCGGGAUCACGGGCACCGAGGUGGACUGUCUAAGGGCGUGCCGGGAGCAGAUCGAGGCCACGCUGAGGGAAAGCCUGAGAGAAGCCGUCCGGGACGAGCCCGACGCCGGCCCCAAGGCCGCGCCCCAAGAGCCCAGCCAGACCACCACCCCGACAGAGGUCACCGCCGUCCACCUGUGACCCCGGGGCCCCGCUCUCCAGCUUCUCCCUACCGAGGACGUGGCUGACUGCGGACUCUGCGAGAGCGGCGGAGGAGGGCGGGGCCCGAGCCGGCCGCAUCGGCUCCAGGACGGGGCAAGCUGGCAGAAGCGGGGGUGGGCACGGACCCUCCCCCCACGCUCGCCCUCCCGGCCCCGGGGCCGCCUCCCUCGGUUGGGACCCGGGCGGGGGAUGACUAAAAGUUCUAGCACCCGCUCGGCGGGGCGGUGGUGGGAGAAUAAUUUAUUGCAGUGGAUCGCUCUGGGUGCAGCUGGGGGGUGAGCUUGCGGGGACGGGGUGCUCCCGCCUGCUUGGAGGCUGCCGCCUCCCCCUCGGGGGAAGACUCCGCGUCUGCUCGGAUGCUGCUAGAAGCCAGGAGCCGAGCCCUCUCCGUUUCCCACUCGUCGCCGCUCCGGACCGGGGUCGGGUCCCGGCCUCACGGAGGAGGACCGGGACCCGGGCUCCCUCCGGGAUGGGGGGGCGGGCCGCCGUCGGAAGAAGCGACUCUGGCGGGGGUUGGGGAGGGGGGAGGCUGCGCUUCCUUCCGCGCUCUGGGAGGGGGCCCCGACUGACCGCCCCGCCUCAGCUUUGCCAGUUGAUGGCAGGCCUAAGCGAACCAGAGGUCCGCCGGGCCCCCGGCACCGGUUUCCGGACUGGUCGCGGGGCCUGGCGCCGCUCUAAUAAAGGUUCUGGGCCGAC